CUUAUUUAUUAAGGGCCUUGAUGGUCUUGAUCGGUCUUGAUGCUGGGCAUCUGCACCGUUUAGGUCGUUUAGGUUAUGUUGCUGGACAAAGUGUAAUAUGUUCGAAGUGAAGUACAGGAGUGUCGGUGGUUUCUAUUGAACAUUCGAUGUCUUCCAGUUUUUUUUUGUAGCUCAAAUAACAGGAAACCUUGUCAAUGGAUGAACAUAGACUUUGGAGGCAACACGAUCUCAAGCAAUACAGCCUACACGACGAGUUAAGCAACGAAAAGGAACACAAUAACAAAGUAGGUGGUUGUGGAGACACUUCAAUGAAGUCUGUUCCUAGCAGAGAUUCUGUGGAUAAAAAGUUAGCGGUUCUGUGUUGCCGUGGUUUGCGACCAGCAAGUGGUGCAGUAGAUCGUGAUCUUUGGCAGUGGUAUUGUGAGACGCGGUCUAAGCAGCAAGGCAAGAAGGUGUCAAAAAGCAUGGUACAGGCAAGAGCAAAAUGGGCCUUUCAUCAGGCGGGUAUUACAGAUUUCAAGGCAAGCGAUGGUUGGUAUCGACGUUGGAUUAACCGCUGGCGGAGGUUUGGCUUUAAUGAAGACUCAAAAAUUAGCCAGAUCAUUGGAGAGUCAUCUCCAAGUUCCUCAGCUACUGGCAGUCAUGUGAUUCAAGACUUGGUGUCAUCUGAGGACAUUAAAGAAAGGAAUGAUAGAGAGAUUAAUGUGGUUAAAAUCAUAGAAGGGAAAAGUGAAAGCAUGCUACAAAAUGAAGCUCUUGAAUUAGUGCAAGACAAAGGUUGUAUGGAGCAGGCAAAUGAAGAACUUAAGGAAAUAAAAUAUUCUGGACCUUCAUGUCCCAAAAUACCUUCAAAGUAUUCGUGUUUUUCAGAUGUGACAAGUAGUGAAUCCAGCAGUGGCGGAAAUAGUAAAGAUAGCUGUAAAAGAACUAGUUUUACUGAACCAUGUGCACACAUUGUUGCAAAUAAUGGCUCAAAUGUGGAACCUCAUCUUGAUGAUAGCUCCACAGCAAUGUUGUCUACCCCAAUGUUGAACAUUGUAGACUAUUUGCCACCUGAAAUAAUGCAUAAUUUUCAGGGUAAUUUACAGAACAAAUUAUCUUACAGUAAUGAAAAUGGGAGUACAAAUUCUGAAAGUAUAGAUAAUGUAUUUACAACAUCUGAUAUGGAUGCCAGUAUGGAUUGUCUGUACUACCCACCAUCCUGUGAACUUUCAUUACAGCACCAUGUGCUUACAGAUUGUGAAAAUGAAACUUUAUCGAACAUAUCUAAUUUUCCAUUUGAAUUGCAUCACACUGAUUCUUGUGGCAUUCCUAUGACAGCUGCAGCUGAAAAACUAAAAGAUAUAGUAGGUUUAAUUUCAUCACAAAACAGUAGUUCACCAAGUUUAUUAAAUAAUUUGGCUUUCAGUAAUAUCCAUGACAGUGAAAAUGUAAUUUCAACUUGUUCAUCUGAGGAUAGUGAAGGCUUUGUUAAUUCAGUAUUUAAAGAUGUGGGUUUGAACACUAAUGGAAAAGAAGAGAACUGCAAUAGUGGAUCAACUCUGAAUACACAGUCUGGUGUGCUGGCAUCAGUAGUUAGUCAUGUUCUUGCACCAGAAGUUGUGUUGGAGUGUCAUGCACCCAAGGCAGGACAGGCAGUGGAUGUCAAUGGCAGACAUGACAUACAGGAGUCAAGCUCAAAGAGGAGCAAGAAAUCUGGUGUGCAUCAGCAUAAGAAGGGGGAGAGAUACCUACCCCACUUCAAGGUGAAGGUUCUGUCAUAUGCAGCAAGCCACACACUGAGGGAGACAGCCAAGAAAUUUAAAGUGAAUGAUGGCACAAUAUCAUCUUGGAAGAAAGAAAAGAACUGGAAGAAGCAGUUGGCACAGAAUUCCAAUUCCUCACAUGGCCAAGAUGAUGAGAAGAAGAAAGUGGAGGUACCUCCAGUUUGUCCAGUGGACCAGCAGUUCUUUAGCUGGCUGCGCUGGUGUCGGGAGCAGGGCCAUGAGCUAACAGCAGUAGAAUUGAAGGAGAAAGCCAGACAGAUUGCUGGUCAGGACACAACAGAUAGUUGCCAGUGGUUCAAAUUAUGGGUCAGCAGAUUCGACGAGCAGCAGGUGUAUGAAGAUGGCUUCGAGAAGGUGAAACGGAAGCAGGAGAGGCAUAUCCAGUAUCCUCUUGCCUUCAAGGUGGAAGUUGCAAUAUUUGCAGAGCACCACAGUCAAAUAGUGGCUGCUCGCACAUUUAAUGUUUCUCGAAAGAGAGUGUUUGAGUGGUUACAGCUCAGCAAAACAAAUUUUGCUAAAGGUCCUGUAAAUGCAGCAGAUGAAUCUUUGAAACAAGUGAUGGAGUUGGAAGCAGAGGCAGUGAAAAGGAUUGGCCCAGGGCGUUCUGAUAUUGACAGGGAGGUUGACCUAGAGAUCUGGACAUGGUACCAGAAUCGGCAGGCAGCUGGCAGCAAGCCCAAUUGGCGUGAGGUGCAAGGUAAAGGGCUUGAACUAUAUCGAAGAAGAGGUAAUGAUGGCAUCAAAUGUUCAUAUCGGUGGUACAAGCGAUGGUGUGACCGGUUUCAUGUAGUGCUGCGACAUGAAGGAGAUGAUGCAAUGUUAGAAUGGGCUCUGACACAGCUAGAGCUGGGACACAGUGUCAGUCACAAUGAUCUGCAAGUGCAUGCACUCAGUCUGGCAGCAGACAACACAUUCAAGGCUUCAUCUGGCUGGGCAAUCCGGUUUUGCAAGCGCCAUCCUGAGUUACUUCAACACAGCCCUACCCUGGACACUGUGUUGCCUGGCUUGCUUCUUCAGAAAGUUGAAAAAUUCCGUUCUGAUGUGCAGCAGACUAUCCAGGAUAUGAACCUCACUCUGGGUUGUGUUGGCAACAUGGAUGAGCUGUACCUCAGCUUCUCAACUCUCGUAUCAGGUUCAAGCACAACUGCAAAGCGCCAACUUCUUGUACGACGGUCAGAGAUGGAGAACUGUCAUGCUACAAUUGUGCUGGCAUGCGUGGCAGAUGGGAAUAUAUUGCCACCUGCAGUCAUUUUGAAGGUGAGUGGAUCAGAGGAUGAAGAUGGAUCACCAGAUGGCAGCAGUGUAUUAGUCCUUCAGCAGGAGGAGGGAUUGAUGGAUGCAGCCUGCAUGUUUCAGUGGUUACAACAAAUUUGGUUCAAACAUGUGCAGACCCCUAAUCUCCUUCUGUUAGAUUGCUACGAGCCACACACUGGUGAAAGUGUUGUGGCUGAGUUCUCUAGUCACCAGAGUAAUAGACUCUUAAUUCCGGGUGGAUGCACCUCAAAACUCCAGCCACUUGAUGUUAGUUUGAAGAGAAUGUUUCAUGCAUCCAUACAGAAGCAGUGGUCCAUGUUCAACUCUCAUUUAAGUGGAAUGUGGGAUGCCACUGGAAACAAGUUGCAGCUGCCAGGUUGCAGGGAGAUUGUAGACUGGGUGACCACUGCAUACCGUAGUUUGCAGGCUACAGAGCAGGAAACUGUGCGUAGAAGUUUUCUGGUCACCGGUCUUACAGUGGCUGCUAAUAGAAAUGAUGAUCACACAAUGGAGAAUCUAUCAAUGGUUCCAAGAGCCAAUAAGAGUGCAUAGCUCUUAGCAGAGCAUUAUCUGGUAAGUUUUGUAUGCUGUGUAGAAGUUACAUGCAAAAAUAACCUCAUGUAAUGAAAUCCAGUGGGUCAAAAUGUUUAUCCUACAGUCCUUAUUUUACAAGUUGUUUAAUUGUGUGGCAUUGCAGGCCUUAUUACAAGGCCUCUGCUACAAAGGACAACACAGUCACAGAAAGAAUGCAGACAUAUACCCAUGAUCCCAAUUUUAGAGCAGCAGAAGACAAUACAUAAAAAUCAAUUUAUAUAUUAACAUGUACAACAGUCUGGCAGGUGCACACAAUGUGUUAAUUUUCCAUUUGAUGAUAACUGUUGCAUUUAAUAUCUGAUGUUGAUCAUAAACAUACCUCUACAAGUUUUCAAUGAAACCCAAUUUUAUGUGCGCCAGAUAUGGCAAAUUAUGUAUAUAUAUUAUAAAUUGUAUAUUUAUAAUUUCUGAUAACAUCUCUGUAUACAUGAAAGCAUUUAAAGGAAAGUAGAAAGGUAAAGUGUUCCUUGUGCUUAACAAGGUGUAUAGGGGAGUGGAUGUAUAGAUCGACAUAUUUAAAGGAAAGUAGGUGCCAUAAUUUCUGUCCAUAUCUUAUUUACAUUUCUGUGAGAGCUGUCUGUAUACAUAAGCAGUUUGGAAGAAAAGGUCUAUAAGCCAGUGAAAAUUAAUUUCUGGCUUACAUUUUCUGUAGUAUAAAAUGUGUACUAUUUGGAUACAGAACUGUAUAACAUCAUGAAUGUGUUUGCCCCUUAUGGCAGUUGGCAUCCUUUCUUCUUGCAUGAUUGAACAAUUGUAGUGUCAUCCUGUUUCAGAAUGAAAGAAGAAAGAUAUGCUUCAGCCUUUGCUUUCAUUCUGCCAAUCCAUCAUCCAUUGUUUGGUGUUUUGAAGUGAAUGGGAGUAAGGGGCAAACCCAAGUUAAUCCUCUUACACGGGAAGAGGUGCCAUCUUACUUAUGGAGGUGAGCCCUUCUUGAGGAGCCACCAAAUCUGCAAUUACUCAAUUUCCCAGCAUUUUAUGGAACCCAA